GCAGCGGAGGAACCCGCGGCCUUCGCGACCUGCUCUGUCUCUGGGUGCAGCCUUGCAGGCAGGCGCAGCCCCUCGAGACCUGGCCUGACCUGACCAUACUCCUCUCCCUCCUUUUCCUGGCCGCGACCGCACCGCGCGAGGCGAUCCCAUCCCCCUCGCCGCCGCCAUCACCGCCGGCGCCUCCACGCAGGGUUUGGUUCUCGCGCCGUCGGGCGUGCUCCAUGGAGAACGGCGGCGUCGUCGGCUGGGGGCGUCCGGAGGAUCGGGAGGGCGAGAACGGUGGAGUCGCCGAGGCGGGUGAAUCCGCCGUGAAGCGAGUGGCGGCGGAGGAGGAGGGCGGUGUUGAUGUGGUGGUCGAGGACGGGGAUGAUGCAGUGGCGGUGGAGGAGGCCGACGAGGAUGAGGCCCGGGAAGAAAAUCAGGGCGCGGGAGGCGAUGCGGUGGAGUCGGGAACGCCGGUGGCCGGCGAUCACCAGCCUGUGGUGACGCCGAACACCAGAGUGGUGCUGGAGACCGGGCGGCAUGCAGCGGAGAAGUGGGGUGAGGAUAGUCCUCGUGCCGAGAUCAAUGUUGAGGGGAGUGUGGAGGAGAAUGCCAUGGGGCAAGCCACCAGGGGAUAUUGUCAUACAAAGCAGGAUAGGCCUGAGUCGGUCACACGAUUUGCAGCUGAACCUGCUAUUAUAGUUGAGGAAUUGGAUGAUCUGAGAUCCUCAGAUGAUGAGAAUACAGCCACCUCUGCACCGCCUGCACGAUCUAGAGCUGCUUCUGGUCGUAACAAUAGUCCAUCUUUGCCGUCUCGUCCUGCUGGCCUUGGAUCAUCAUCUUCCCUGUCGCAGCCUCCUGCUCGUCCUGUUCAACAGGCCCGUGCCAAUGGAUCGGUUUCUUCGGAUAUUGGAAGCCAGCCGUCUACUGAGUCUGCUGAGGAUGAUGGAGAUGAGAAUGAUGAAGUUCAUGAGAAGCUUCAGAUGAUCCGGGUUAAGUUUUUACGUCUUGCUCACAGGUUUGGGCAAACACCUCAUAAUAUGGUUGUUUCACAGGUUCUGUACCGCCUUGGGCUGGCAGAACAACUUAGGAGAACUACUGCUAAUGGGUCAUUAAGCUUUGACCGGGCAAGAGAGAUGGCAGAGCGUCUUGAAGCUGCCGGAAAUGAGCCCCUUGAUUUUUCAUGCACCAUCUUGGUUCUCGGUAAAACUGGGGUUGGUAAGAGUGCUACUAUUAAUUCAAUUUUUGAUGAUACCAGUUUGGAUACGAAUGCUUUCGAUUCCAGUACUAGAAAGGUUCAAGAAGUGGUUGGUACAGUUGAGGGAAUCACAGUAAGAGUGAUUGAUACACCUGGACUUUCAUGCUCUUCUUUAGAACAACACCACAACCAGAAGGUUCUCAACUCCGUGAAGAGGCUUAUUAGCAAAAACCCUCCCGAUAUUGUUCUUUAUUUUGACAGAUUGGAUAUGCAGAACCGAGACAAUGGUGAUAUCCCUCUGCUGCAAACCAUCACAAAAGUUUUUGGAGCAUCAGUUUGGUUCAAUGCCAUUGUUGUGUUAACUCACGCUGCAUCUGCACCACCAGAUGGGCUUAAUGGAAUUCCUCUGAGCUAUGAGAUGUUUGUCACCCAGAGGUCUCAUGUAGUGCAGCAAGCUAUAAGGCAAGCUGCUGGUGAUAUCCGUCUUAUGAAUCCAGUAUCCCUGGUGGAAAAUCAUGCAGCGUGCAGGACAAAUAGGGCUGGACAAAGGGUUUUGCCAAAUGGACAAGUCUGGAAGCCACAGCUGUUGCUGCUUUGUUUUGCUUCAAAGGUAUUAGCAGAGGCUAAUGCACUCCUCAAGUUGCAGGAUAGUCCCAUUGGUAAACUUUCUCGUACAAGGAUUCCUCCUCUGCCUUUCCUCGUCUCUUCCCUUCUUCAGUCUAGGGCCCCACUGAAGUUACCAGAGGAGCAGUUUGGUGACGAUGAUGAUCUUGAGGAUGAUUCGACAGAUGAUUCUGAUUCAGAUGAUGGGUCGGAUUAUGAUGAUUUGCCUCCUUUUAAGCGUCUCACAAAAGCUCAGCUUUCCAAGCUGAAUAAUGCACAGCGGAAGGCAUAUCUUGAGGAGCUAGAUUACAGAGAGAAGUUGUUCUACAGAAAACAGCUGAAAGAGGAAAGGAUGCUGCGUAAGUUGAUGAAGAAAAUGGCAGCAGAAGCCAGUACUCGAGCAAAUGAUUUCUACAACAGCAACCCUGAAGAUGAUUCUAAUACUCCAACCAAUGUUGCAGUUCCUAUGCCCGAUAUGGUACUGCCCUCAUCUUUUGAUUCAGACUAUCCUAGUCAUCGCUAUCGUUUUCUGGAUACACCAAGUGAAUGGCUUGUCAGACCUGUAUUGGAAACCCAGGGUUGGGACCAUGAUGUUGGUUAUGAGGGACUUAAUGUUGAAAGAUUGUUUGUUGUCAAAGGGAAAGUUCCUCUGUCCAUAUCUGGGCAACUAACAAAGGACAAGAAGGAUUGCUCUAUGCAAAUGGAGGUUGCAAGUUCAGUUAAGCAUGCUGAGGGAAAAACUACUUCACUUGGGCUUGAUUUGCAGUCUGCUGGCAAGGAUAUGGCAUACACAAUUCGUGGUGAGUCGAGAUUUAAGAACUUCAGGCGCAACAGCACAGCUGCUGGCAUAUCUGCUACGCUCCUUGGGGAUUCCGUAUCGACUGGUGUGAAGAUUGAAGACAAGCUCAUAGUGAACAAGCAGCUCAGGGUCCUGAUCAGUGGUGGCGCCAUGAGUGGGAGGGGUGAAGUGGCCUAUGGAGGCCGCCUCGAAGCAACACUGAGGGACAAAGAUUACCCGAUUGGGCGGAUGCUUUCCACUCUCGCAUUAUCUGUUGUCGAUUGGCAUGGGGAUCUGGCGAUCGGCUGCAACGUCCAGUCUCAGAUACCUGCUGGAAGAGCUAGCAACUUGGUUGGGCAUGCAAAUAUAAGCAACAAGGGGACUGGCCAAGUCGGCAUUCGCCUGAACAGCACGGAGCAUAUUGAGCUUGCGCUUGUUGCCCUGGUGCCUAUAUUCCAGAACAUCAGAAAGCUGUUACAGAACUACUCUGAAUCUACCUAGUCUUUUUUACAAUGGCCUGAAAAGAGAGUGAGAGCGUCAUUGGUCAAUACUAGCAUAAAUUAGAACUUGCUAUUUAUUUUGUUCUUUCAUUGGCAACUUUGUAACUAUGCUUUAUUAUGCUUUGAUUUGUUGAGUCCUGGGUGUGAAAUGCAGUAUGAAUGUGAAUAUGUGAUGAUAUAUUACAAAUUAGAUACUUUGUUUGCGUAGUAUAGUUAUAAGCCUACAA